AUGGAGAAACUUUUGCUUGUCCUAUUGAGCAUCUUCUUCUUCCCCCAAUUUAUCUUACACACUCAGGCAUCAAAAGACGAAUAUUACUCUCGACCUCCUGCUCGCAAUGUUAUCUUCACUCCUCAUCACGGAUCUGAUUCUGAAGCCCAACAGGUGCACGUUUCGUUGGUGGGGAGAGAUCACAUGAGAGUUACAUGGAUUACAGAUGAUAAACAAGCACCAUCCAUUGUAGAAUAUGGAAAGCAACCAGGAAAAUACAAUGCAAAGGCAACUGGAGACCACACUUCCUAUCGUUAUUUCUUCUAUAGCUCAGGCAAGAUACACCAUGUAAAGAUUGGACCCUUGGAGCCAGGCACAAUCUAUUACUAUAGAUGUGGAGGUUCUGGCCCCGAGUUAUCCCUCAAGACUCCUCCUGCAACUUUUCCUCUUGAAUUCGUUGUGGUUGGUGAUCUCGGACAAACAGAAUGGACUAAUGCGACCUUAGCACAUGUACAGAGUCAUUAUUACGAUUUAUUCUUGCUACCGGGUGAUUUAUCAUACGCAGAUACCAGUCAGCCUCUAUGGGACUCAUUUGGCCGCCUGGUGGAGCCAUAUGCUAGCCAGCGGCCGUGGAUGGUGACAGAAGGAAACCAUGAGAUCGAAACCUUCCCAAUUAUAGAGCCAGAGGGCUUCAAGGCCUAUAAUGCACGGUGGCGAAUGCCAUAUGAGGAGAGUAAUUCAAGCUCAAACUUGUACUACUCAUUCAACGUUGUUGGCACUCACGUUAUAAUGUUAGGAUCUUACACAGAUUUUGAAGAUGAUUCAGAUCAGUACAAGUGGCUUGAAGCUGACUUGGGUAGCAUUGAUAGGAAAACGACACCGUGGGUCUUUGUGCUGUUGCAUGCCCCAUGGUAUAAUACUAAUAGUGCGCAUCGAGGUGAAGGAGAAAGCAUGAGAAAAGCUAUGGAAGAGUUGCUGUACAAGGCAAGAGUAGAUGUGGUGUUUGCUGGGCAUGUUCAUGCAUAUGAACGAUUUACAAGGAUUUAUGAUAACGAGGCUGAUCCAUGCGGCCCUAUGUAUAUAACAAUUGGAGAUGGGGGAAACCGUGAAGGACUUGCAUUAACGUUUGAUAAUCCUGCUUCGCCUCUUUCAUUGUAUCGAGAGCCAAGCUUCGGACAUGGAAGGUUGAGGAUAAUGGAUGAAGCACGGGCACACUGGUCAUGGCACCGGAACAAUGAUUCUGACUCUUUUUCUGCCGACGAGGUGUGGUUCAAUAGUUUAAGCACAUCUACUGCUUGCUGGGCAAUUGUGGACGAGAAAGUGCCACCACUAAAUGAUGAACUUUAA